GCAACACAUAAAGUGGAAAUUCUGUGUUCAAAAUCAGUCAGUGUUAUGUUGUUGUUGUGAGUGCACAGAAUCGUAAAAGGAAAAAUAAUAAAAUAAAAGAAGAAAAAAUUUUCCCAAACUUUUCCAAACAGUCGCCAUUUUUUUGUGAAAUUAAAUUUUUAUUAAACGCAUAUUAAGCAAUUAUUUGCUGUGAUAAUUAAUAUUAAUAAUCUAUCAAUUAGCAAACUCGUGUCCCGGUACAGAAAGCAACUUAAGUCGAGCGAUUUUAAAAGUAGAAAAAUAAAUUAUUGAAAUAUUUUUGUAAUACACACGCGGAUAAAUUUUAUUAUUUUAAAAUCUUCGCGACCUCCAAGGGUUGUAUAAUGUUCAACGGUCUCUUCUCUACGCUAUUUGGAAAAAGUAAAGAGAAUAAUAUUUUAGAUUCUGACGUAAACACUGAAAAUAACGAAAAUAAUCAGCAACAAGAUAUUGACGUAAUUGACAAGGAAAAUUUUUUGAGUGAGUUUGAUGGGAAUGUAAGAGUUGUUUUGUUGGACGAAGACAAGGAUUGGCUUUUCGUGGAAACUGAAACUCAACAUCCGUCAUUGUUAUCUCCAUCAGCUGAGGAGAAUCAUUUGUCUGAUAAGGAAUUAAGUAAUAAUAACUUACAACUGGUACCUUUUAAAAGUAUUUUAUCGCAUUUGAGCACCGUAAGAGAAAAUGAUGAAAACUGCUUGCUAUCAGCAAAUUUACCGUCCCUUUACCCAAACACUAUGGAUGAAUCAUGGUUCUUGACACCACCAUCUUGCUUCUCAUCUGCAUCAAUUCAGCUUGAAACAUCACCAAUCGAAAAUUUACUCAUUGAACAUCCGUCGAUGAGUGUUUAUCAUAAUAUUCAUCGCAGACCAUUGACUGGAUUUAAUAGCGAUGAUAUUGAGGAUCUCGUUGUAUUGGAAUUAUCAAGUGGAGUUGAUAAUGAUGACGCAAUAAUUGUCAGCAAAGGCAAUAAGCGCAAUAAGGGAAGCAAAAAAUCGAAGACUCGACCAAACAAUGGAACGCAAAGAAGUGUUGCUCUAGUUCUUGUUACAAAGACUACCAAUGCAGUCACUGGAAAGCCAUCAGAACAGCGUAGCUUGGCUAUAAGUCGUUCAUUCUUCGAUCGCAAUAACAAAGCAGUUCGCAAUUCUUAUAAAAAGAAUCUUCAUACAAUUAAUCAGCCAUCAAGCCGCACAAUGAGUCGCAAAAAUUAAACAACAUCACAAUUUAUGUCACUCUGCUCUCGCAAGCUGAAGAAAAGGAAUUAUUGAAAAAAAAAGUCUUGUCUUUUAUUUGAUUUCUCUUACAUUAUAUUUUUAAUAUGAUUUUAUAUUAUUAUUAACUCGUUUUAAAAACAAAAAUCUCGACCCCAAAAAAAUGUAAAAAAAUUAUUAUAGAAAAUAAGCAAAAAAAAAGGAUGU